CUUGGAUUGGCUUUCAGCUUUGAUGGGGUUCUAGCUUUCAAGUUAGAUCAUCCAUGGAAACGUUUUGGUUUCCUGCCGUUCAACUCCAUGAAGAUUUGCCUCGGCAACUUGAAGGACUUCUUCCUCUGUUUGAUUGUGGCAGCACGCUGUCUAGUGGUGACAGUGAAUGCUGUCAGAUUGCGAAGAAAGUUCAAGUUUUAGGUGCCAUCACUCAUACCCAAGAACAUGAUGAAUAAGGUUCAUUUCGCUUCUUCAGACUUGAAGGAUUCAAGUUUAACUAAGUUUCUUUCAUCUAAAGAAAAGGAGGGGAGAGAAAUUCCAGGCUUUCUUCUCAGUUACUACAGUCUACAAGAUCAACUUUUAAUUUCCUCUUUGUUUGUAAUAAAUUAUGCUUCAUGUGUGUUUUGUUGUAUCAUUUCAUGUUUUGCAUGUUUGAUUCCAACAUCUAGUUUGUAAGGAAUGAAGAACAAGCUCCAGU